AUGUCGAAACACAGUCAACGACGACAACUCCGGCGAAUAAACGACAAACGCUUUCAAUUUGCCAACAAAGAGAUUGACAUCAAAAUACAUUCCAGAAGAGUGUCGUCGAAGCCGUCUCUUUUCAAUUCAAUUUGUGAGACAACUCAUUGUGCUUACGGCGCUCACUGUCGUGUCGAUGAAUACAGUCAACAGCCUUAUUGUCGUUGCGAAGACACGUGCGAUCAUCACUUGGCCAACAAUCCUGUUUGUGGAUCUGAUGGUAACUCUUAUGCCAACGAAUGUCUUUUACGGAUGGCUUCGUGUUCGACACAAACAGAUAUUUUGGUGCAAACGAGUGGUCUCUGCACUGGUAGGUCUCUAUCACACAAUCGUCUCUCGAGACUAGAAAAGCAUUUUUGUGGAACUGAUAACAACUCUUAUGCCUCUGAAUGUCAUUUGCGACGACAGCAAUGCCUCGAAAAGUCCAACAUUGGUAUCAAACACGAAGGUUUAUGUUCACCAAUGACUUCUUCACUCUGCUUUCAUCGCAAAUGUCACGAAUACUCCGAAUGUGUUGUUAUUGAUUCGCAGCCAAUCUGUCAGUGUCUUCACUGUUCAACAAUAGAAUCAGAAAACAACAGAAUCUGUGCCACCGAUGGUAUCACUUAUGAAAACGAGUGUGAAAUGCGUCGACACGCGUGUCUCUCGGGACUCAACCUUCGGAUCUUGCAUUCGGGAAUUUGCGAACAUAAAUGUCAUGAUUGUCAUUACGGCGAGUGUCGGCUCAACAAACACAAUGUUGCCGAAUGCGUCUGUCCUCAGGUCUGCCUUCGAGACGAUCAGAGCGUUUGUGGUGAUAACGGAAUCACUUAUGAGAACAAGUGUUCGCUUCAAGUCGUGUCCUGUCGUUCGGGGAUUGCCUUAAAAAUCAAAUUCAAUGGCAGUUGUGAUCCAUGUCAAGACAUCAAAUGCCGAUUCGGUGCCAAAUGUCAAGAUGGCGAGUGUCAAUGUGUGACCAACUGUCCGGAAGACGCCUUUGAACCAAUUUGUGCCAACGACGGAAACACCUACAACAACGAGUGCCAACUGCGUCGCAGUGCUUGUCUUCAUCAACGGGAACUCAUAGCUCUUUUUUACGGACAGUGCGAAGAUGAUGGAGGCGACAGAGAUGACGGAUCUGCAGCUCUCAGUUUAUCCGACUUUUCAUCACUCAAUCGCUGUCCAAAAGAGUGUUUGUUUGGCGCCGAAUGCAAACUCGAUGCCAAUGGAAAGGCAUUUUGCGCGUGCAUUAUUAAUUGUUGGCAAAAACGAAAUACAACUCAACAACGAGUUUGUGGAACUGAUAGUCGUGUCUAUGAAAGUGAGUGUCACUUAAAGGCCGAAAGUUGUCGUCUUCAGAAGUCAAUCGCUGUUCGCCAGUGCUCUGAAAACAACCUAAAAAAGAGUAAACAAUGCGUUUGUAACAAAUAUGGAUCGCUUUCACCGCAUGUCUGCCAUUCGGGAAAUGGUCGCUGUUUUUGCAGAAAAGGUGUUGGCGGCCGCUUCUGUGAUCGUUGUGAACCAGGAUUCUGGAGUUUCAAACAAAAAGGUUCUCAAUUGGGAUGUCUGGAGUGUAAUUGCAAUGCCAUGGGAUCCGUUCGACUGGAUUGCGAACAAACAACAGGUCGUUGUGUAUGCAAACCGGGAAUCUAUGGAACCAAAUGUGAUGUUUGUCACGAAGGCCUAAUUCUUCAGCCUGAAGGUUGUACAGACAGUGCGAUUGUUGUUUCGUCUCAUUUAUCGUGUGAACAACGAGUUUGUCGUUUUGGAUCAAAAUGUAAACAAAGAGACGGAAAAUCGCUUUGUGUUUGUACUGAAGAUUGCAUUCAAACAUCAAUUAAUCAAGAAAUGCCUUCCGUUUGCGGUUCCGAUGGAUCAACUUAUGUGUCGGAGUGUAUGCUUAGGAGAGCGUCGUGUCGACAACAGCGCGAAAUUAGAGUUAUUGAGGAAACAAAUUGCAGAAGAAGUGAAUCUUUAUGAUUUCAUUUCAGAG